CUGAACAGAAGGGGUGGUUCGUCAUUGUUGAUAUUUUGUUCGGAGUGAGAAUAUCGUUCCUGUAGUUUCAAUGAAUGCGAACUAAUGUUUUUGAGGGAACUUAAGAUAAUUCUUACAACUAUCUGUGAAGCUGAAACAUAAAUUAAAUGUAAUUUUUUAGAGUCGGUAGUGAUCAAAUUUUUUUGACAUUUUACUAAAUAGGCACUGAUACUCCGUUUUAAUCCGUACAGGAAGUAGGUAGGAAGACUGACAACAGACGGCUCAACUCAGCUGUCUUUGAUUUACGACCUGUAUUAUCAUUAAAUUUUCAGAAUGUCUAAAGAAACAUCAGCUGCAAGACCUGGUCAGCGUGUGACCAAUGGAGGAGGUGCAGCAGCUGGCGGGCCUGGUAAAAUAUGUCAGUUCAAGCUUGUUCUGCUUGGAGAGAGUGCAGUGGGCAAGUCCUCUCUUGUUCUCAGAUUUGUAAAAGGACAGUUCCAUGAGUAUCAAGAAUCCACUAUUGGAGCUGCUUUCCUGACACAGACAGUAUGCUUGGAAGACACAACAGUUAAGUUUGAGAUUUGGGACACUGCGGGUCAGGAACGAUAUCACAGCCUAGCUCCCAUGUACUACCGUGGUGCCCAGGCUGCCAUUGUUGUCUAUGACAUCACUAAUCAGGACACUUUUGGUCGCGCCAAAACGUGGGUGAAGGAGCUGCAGCGGCAGGCAUCACCGAACAUCGUCAUUGCUCUGGCUGGUAACAAGGCUGACCUCGCCAACAAGAGGAUGGUUGAGUAUGAAGAAGCCAACACCUAUGCUGAAGAAAACUCCUUGCUCUUUAUGGAAACUUCGGCAAAGACUGCUAUGAAUGUCAACGAUAUUUUCUUAGCUAUUGCCCAAAAGCUGCCAAAGAACGAGUCUGGAGCUGGCGGCAGUGGCAAUACUGGCAACAUUAACGUCGGCAGCAGCCGAACGCAGGAGUCCUCAUCUGGCUGCUGCAAGUGAUCACCCGGCACCGCCGAUAUGCUAGGUUUGUGUGUGGUGUUGCUUGUGACGCUGGUGCUGAACCAAGCGCCGCCAUGUGUUGCGCGUCUCGUGUUGCUGUGCGCGUUGCUCACCGCUACCGAGUCGAGCGUUCACUGCAAGCUGCUGCGUCGCCCUCUCUCCAUGUGACCAACACUUCCACGAUCCUCGGACAAUUUUUUUGUAUGAAUAGCAGUUUCUGGUAGUUUUCUUUUCUUCUAUAUUACUUUACUUAAUUUUCGUUUUAUAUAGAUUCAGUUUGCUCGUAAUUGUAGGUCGUGGCAUGCAGUUGUACGGACGUGACACGUCAUCCUGCAGUGGUACGUUCACCUCCGUUUGCUACUAUCGCAGAGCUCGCCCAACCUCUCCUUUCUAUUGCUACUCAAUCGGGCGGACUGACAUUGAGCUGCAUUAUUAUACCAUGUAGCAAGGAAUUAUUGUACAUGUAGAUAAUAUAGAGUAUAAUGCUCUGUAUUGUAUAAUGAUAGAUUGCUAGAAUUUUCGCGUUCCCAUUACUUUCAGUCGACAAAAUUUCGUGGUUUUUGUGGUGAUCGCAUUCCCUGUUAGGUGAAAAAUGCCCUGCUUUUGCAGUUUGAAAUCAUUGCUGCUCAACUGCGUUCGUUCUCACACGAAUGCCAAAAUUGACUUUGUUCCUUUUUUCUUGUUAGGCUUCCAACUUUUUUUUUUUUUUUUGCUUCCUGGGUAAGUGAGUUAUAUUGACCGUUUAACACAUUAUUAAUCAUUCAAGGCUAUAGAACCUUUGAAACCAUUCUUCAUAUAAGGCAGUUCAUUCGAAAUCACGAGGAUUAUUCUAUAACUAAUCCCUAGCAUUUCCAGCUUGCUCAAUAUCGAUGUUAUGAGGCUGGAGGGUGGGGGGUAAUCUUGUCCCUCAGUUGCGAUUCGUGUCACCGCUUAUCGAAGCGGUUUAUGCAGAAUGUCUGGAAGUUGGACGAGUUUUCUAGCUGCUAAUAGCUUAAAAUUAUUGACCAUGAUUCGUGGAAGUGAGCUGGGCUCUGUCGACGUUAUAAUUAUAAGGUUUGUUCUGAAAACUUUUAUUGUUUCAAUCUUGGUUUUUGUCUGGUCUUUCUGAUUCACUUUUCGUGCACUUUGUAACCUCAAUGAGAUUGAGAAUAUGUCUUAGCCGCGUUCAUUCGUGGAUGCUAGGCUUUAAUUGUGAUGCAUUCCUUCUCUUCUGUUACGGUACGAAUCGUCAAAGUGUAAUUAGCUGAUCUUUACUGCUUCUACAUCUUUUCUAAGACAAUUUAUCAUAGCAUCUAUUAUUUUGAAAUUGACUCGCAAAAAAUGGAUUCUUGUUAAAUGGCACGUUGUUUACUGCGCCAAUAUAUUGCGACCUACCUGAAUCAUCAGUCUUACAAAUUAAUCUUGACCAACCGAAGAGAUGGUCAUUGGUCUAGUAAGUAGUGAAAAAGGGUUAAGGAGAGAAGACCGUGAGUUGAGUGGUAGGAGGCAGUGCAAGUCAAGUCAGAAUAGCGCCUCACUUAAUUAAAGCGUUGUUGUUGCAAGCAGUGCGGCUUAUGGUCAUUUUCGGCCCAGGUUUGCCUCAAAUUAUUUUGCUGAGACGCAAAUGCGUACUCGUGCAUCUUGCAUGCGCAGGGAAUACACUGAAUGAUGAUGCACUUGCCGUGAUUCACCCUCUUUUUAACCUAUUUAAUUAUUCAAGAUUAUAUAGAUAUGUAUCAUUUACUGCAUACCUUUAGUUUCUGUGCUGUGUGUAUUACUGUAUUACUUUAAUGAAGAGAAUAUGAAAAUUGUAUAAACUGGGAUCAUAGUUAGCAUGGCUUGUUACCUAUCACUAGACACUCCCUUUUUUGCCGCGGCCGCUUUGAUGUUGCCACGGCAAGUUGUAGUUGGUAGACGUAAAUACAGGAUCCAAUUUAAAUUUUGAAAACUUAUUACUGAAUUUUUCUAGCAACCCGAACCUAAAACUGCGGCUGGUUACUGGUUUCUUUUGUAGUAGUGAAGAGAAAAGUCAUUCAACCGGCGUAAGGAAGGUGAAGGUCUCUGUGGAUGUAAUAAUUGGUAGACAUUUAUGGUGAGGCCGAACAGCGCUAAACGUUUUGGUCGGAGUGCCCAUCUAGCCACUCCUUGCAUGCAAAAAUUAUUAGAAGUAUUAGCAUGAACCUAAUGUUCUUAUCUUCAAACUCAGCUGGGGCGUGUUGUAAACAGCUAUUAUUAUCAUCCACAAUCGCUUGAAUUAGUGGCUCAUUUGCAAGUUGGUAGAUAAAGUAUUUGUCAUUGUAUAAUAAAUAUAUUUCAAUUUA